AAACAUUGUAGUAAAAUGUUACUACUUCAAGUCAGUUUCAAUGACUUUCAAUCUAAAUACCUCUUAAUUCGCAUUUUAUUUCCGUAUGACGUCAUGGUGACAUUUUUAGCUUUUGACAGAUUUGCAUAUCCCAAAUGGACAUCUUACAAAGAGCCAAGUAAUACUGAGAUACGCCAGAAGUGUAGGCUCAUUGACAAUGACAGAUCCACCAUUUGCUACAAGUGUUCCAGGAGCUGGGGUUUCUACAGAGGCUGCCAACAUGUUACAAAACUUUUGGCCAAAGGUCUCCGAUGACAUCAGAAAUAUCAAGAAUAUGAUAAGUGCAGAAGCUCCAGUACUGUUUUCUAAAGCUUGUGAAAUAUUUAUCAGUGAAUUGUCUUUGCGAGCUUGGAUCCAUACUGAAGACAACAAGCGCAGGACACUACAGAGAAAUGACAUAGCAAUGGCCAUAACAAAGUUUGAUCAGUUUGAUUUCCUCAUUGACAUUGUUCCUAGGGAAGACAUUAAACCUGCUAAAAGACAGGAUGAAGUUCGAACAUCAGUAGUACCGGACCAGAUCCAGUACUAUCUCCAGUUAGCUCAGCAGCAGGCCCAGCAACAACAGCAGUCACAGACCACUGCUCCUCAGGUUCAGACCACUGCCCAGAUACCACAGGGAGCUCAAACUGCCCAGGCUGUUGGUGGAAUACAGAUACCAGGUGCUCAGAUUAUUCAGCAGCCAUUCCAGGUGGCUCAACCAGCACAGGCUAGCACAGGAGCUUCUCAGUCUCAGGUGAUCACUAUACAGCCUCCUCAGCAGCAGCAGCAGCAACAACAGCAGCAGCAGCAACAACAACAACAGCAGCAACAAACUCAAGUAACCCAACAGAACCAGGUUCAACAAAUACAACAACCACAAACACAGGUGUUUCAACAGGUGAUUACACCUUCUGGUCAAGUAGAAAAUGUCCCAAUCCAGCUUACACCACAACAGUUACAAGCUAUACAAAUGCAGUUACAAGGUAAAACUAGUAACCAGCCAAUAAUUAUACAGACAUCUGGUACCCAGCCACAACAGACAGCACAAACAGUUGUUUCACAAGCAGAUCAAGUACAGUUUGCAAAUCAGGGAGUAUUUCAAGUACAGCAGUUACAAGGCUCCGGUCAACAAGUGUUUAUACAGCAAGAUACAGAUCAGACAGACACCUAAUCAGCACUUUCCAAAUAAUUGUAUAUAGAGACAUUGUAGAUAGCCUGUGAUGCAUAACAUCUCUUAUGUUGAAAACUUUUUUACAAGUAUUAUUGGAGUAUAUAAUUUAUAUGAUGUGAACUUAUUAAAUUUUUAUAUCAAAUACAAA